CGUCUGACGCGCAGCACACCGUCGCGCAAGUCUCGCCAUGGUUACGCGCACACCACGCCACCACGAAACUGCCGCAGCGCCCUGAAAACGGAUCUGCCGAUGAAGUCAUCGAGCAUGAGCUUACCGCCUCAACCUGAACCACAGCACGAGGCGACUUCUUAGCUGUCCUGGCAAAAGCACUUUCCACACUCUUAGCAUACUUUUCGUGAAGCUCUCUGACACCUCACUUCCCUUGUUCGCCCCCUCAUCCUACAGAGAAAUCAGGAAUUCUCUUUCACGCACGAGAUCGGACGCACUUUGCUGCAACGAUCACAUUGAGCAGAACGCAAGCUUGCUAGACCUCCGAGAAAUCGAACCAUCACAAUGUCUCAGCAGAACGAGAACGCCCACAAGGGAAACCACCCUUCGUUGGUUGGAGGCCACGCACAGUAUGUCAAGGGUUUGGGAGAGGCCGGUGUCGCCGCCGUAACCGGCAACUCUGCCUGGCAACGAUCCGCCGACCACGACAAAUCCGCCGGUGUCGCAGCUAUGAAGGCUGCUUCCGCGGAACGCGAUCCCAACGCGCAAGGUAUGGGUAAAGUCGAAGAGCUUGCGGGUAAAGCCGUUGGAUGCGAGGGUAUGCAGCAGGAAGGUGCUGCAAGUGCUCAGAGGCGUCAGAGCAACAGCGAGGGUGUGCCCAAGGGGCAGAGCGGAGAGGGAAAGACUUAUUAUAGCAGAGGCGAGGGUGUUGAGAUCUAGAGUCAUGUGAGGGAAGGAAAUGGGCUAUGAGGUGGAAAAUGGAUAUGGAACACGAGUGCUAUUUAGCUGUAUAUGAUGUUUAUGCUUUCAUGAAAUGAAUACGACUGUAGGC